AUGGGUUUUCCGCGCAACUUCAGAGAGCACAGCCGCAACGUUUCCGCCCCGGCAAAAGCGCCCAACAUGCCGCUGCGACACGGCAAACGCCCAUCGGUCGUCGAUGGCAAGGUCUUGGAGCCUGAGUGGGACCGGGUACCUCAGACAUACGGUUCUUUCAACCAAGACACCUUAGCACGUAUCUCGCAAGUGCAAGCAGAGCACGCUCGUACUGCGCGCCCGACUACACAACUGCCCCAUUCCCAAAGACCUCCGCCAGAGAACCCACCCCAGAGCUCUUGUCUGAACUACAGCGCCUGCAUGGACUCCGCGUCUCCUCGACAACCAUUCAAACGUUAUUACAGCAGCGCUCUUUCCGAUGAAGACAGAACCGCUUUGGCCGUUGGCGAACUCAAUCACAAUCUGCGCGGAUGGACGGGUGACAAGCUGGUCCAGUACCAUGUUUCGCGGAUUGAGUUGGUUCCGUACAGUGAAGAGCGACAGGAGAUUAUCGCAGAAAUUCUCGAUGAGAAGCGUGGCGGUGAGCGCUUCGUGCUCCAGUCUGCGCGCCAGGCGAAGCGGUUUGUAAGUUCGCCCUUGAGUAAGCUGCAAACGUUCAAGGAAGUGAAGACUCACAACGAGCAGAUGCAAGUCGAAGCAUCCCGAUCUAUGGUAGACCUUCGCGCUGCAAAUACAUCCAGCUUGUUGCUUUCACCGAUCUCUCCAAUCUCUCCCGUAUCGCCGCCAUCGUCGACAUCGCAAGAGGGUUUCCCGUUCCCCGUGUUGGAGACCCAGAACAUCCGCCAAAGCACUCAUAGUGGCGCCAGCAGCAAUGGCGACCACUUCUCGAGGCAAUCGGUUAGCAGCUCCAUGAUGCAAUUCCCGCACACGUCGGAUUCCUCCCGAGACUCGAGUCACAAUCGUGGUCACGCGCCAGAUCGCCGUCCGCUGGUCAGGAGGGCAGACCGGAACACCAGCCGUUUCCGCAGCUCUAUGGCAUUGGAAGCGAUUCAUUACGUUGUAAAUGCCGAUAUUACCUUCGACACGUUCCUCGCUCCGCAUGCUUCGGGUAAGGGCGAGACGCACUGUGACUCUGUUCACAUCAAGAAAGAAGUACAGCCGCGCAAUUUCUCGCGCCGACUGAGUAAGAUGCCAUCGAUGCCACAGUUGAAGAAGCGUGCAUCGUAG